UCUAGCGACAGACGCCGGUCUCUGCCGUACCGCGCUGUGGAUUGUGGGUGUUGGGGACGUUGGUUGCGGUUGAAGCAGAAGUGGACUAAACUCAGAGCGUCCCACAUUCUACUGAGAGUCAACAUGUCUAGCCGUGGGGGAAAGAAAAAGAUUGCCAAGACAUCCCGGUCUUCUAAGGCUGGAGUUAUCUUCCCUGUAGGUAGAAUGCUGCGUUACAUUAAAAAAGGACUUCCCAAAUAUCGUGUUGGUGUCGGGGCUCCGGUUUACAUGGCUGCAGUUUUAGAAUACCUGACUGCUGAAAUUCUGGAGCUGGCAGGAAAUGCGGCUAGAGACAACAAGAAGGGGCGUGUAACACCUAGACACAUUUUGCUAGCCAUCGCCAAUGACGAGGAACUUCAUCAACUACUGAGAGGUGUUACUAUUGCUGCUGGUGGAGUAUUGCCCAAUAUUCAGCCGGAACUGCUCUCCAAAAAGAGGGGCUCAAAAGCGAAGUUUGAAGCCAUCAUCACCCCUGCACCAGCAAAGAAGUCUAAAGCCACCAAAAACACAGAUGUCAAGAGACUUGGUUCUAAAAAGUCAACAAGGGUUAAGAAACGGGUUGAGACGAGUAAAUCAGCAAGUGCAGACAGCACCUCAGUGGCUUAUAGCUUUACUGUGCUCUCCUCCAAGACUCUGUUUCUCGGACAGAAGUUGCAAGUUGUGCAAGCUGAUAUUGCCACCAUCGAAAGUGAAGCUGUUGUUCACCCAACCAACUCCACCUUCUACAUGGGUGGUGAAGUAGGAAGUGCUUUGGAGAAGAAAGGUGGAAAGGAGUUUGGAGAUGCAGUUGUUGAACUAUGCAAGAAACAUGGCCCUCUCGAGGUGGCAGGAGUUGCCCUGACCUCAGGGUUUGGACUUCCUGCAAAGUUUGUCAUCCACUGUAACAGUCCAGGAUGGGGAUCAGAUAAAUGUGAAGAUAUGCUCGAUAAAACUGUGAGGAACUGUCUUGCUCUUGCUGAUGAGAAAAAACUUAAAUCUGUGGCGUUUCCAUCUAUUGGCAGUGGCAGAAAUGGUUUUCCAAAGCAGACUGCUGCCCAGCUUAUUUUGAAGGCUAUCUCCAGCUACUUUGUGACUACAAUGUCAUCCUCAAUCAAGGCUGUAUAUUUUGUACUUUUUGACAGUGAGAGCAUAGGGAUCUAUGUGCAAGAAAUGGCAAAACUAGAUGCCAAUUAACGUUAUUAUUAUUAUCCAAAGGUAAAUUCAAAGCUGAAAAGAAAAAAACUGUAUAGAUUAUACAGUGUGGAGAGUAUGUUAAUUUUUAAGGACAUAGGUUUUGUUUGGGGGCACUUUAUAAUGGUGGGUGUUGUAUUAUGCAGUAAUGAAGGUUAGCUGCAUUCCAGAUGUUAGAAAUUCUAUUCGUUUUUUAUUCGGAAAUGUCUUCUGGGCUGCAUUUUGAAAUUACACUUAAAUGCAAUGAAUAUGUAAUAAAAUACUUAUUUAAUGCUGUAGUCAAUAAAGUGGCAUUUGUGUACUGUAUGGCAAAUUAUCAAAUACAAUUAAUAUUUGAGUAAAGUACAGACGGUGAGAUUUUUAAAGGGAUAAUGAUAUAUUGGCUUCAGGCUGAAAAAGAGGGGGAGCAUAUUAAGGAGGCAGUGAUUGUGUGAUGUGCUCCUUAACAAUCAAAAAAUAAUAUGAAAACAAACCCCUGUGCUGAAUAUGUAAACUAAGUCACAAAGAUGAUCGAUUUAAGUGACAUUGUAGCACAUCAUGAAGAACAUACUUGUAAUGUUUGUCUAAUGUAAAGCCUUAUAUAUAAAAAUGAUAUAUAUAUAUAUUGUAAAAUAGACUGUAUUUAAAAUUGGUUGGGAAACGAAAUAAAACUGUCAUUUGUCUCUGCUGCCAGCAGAUGGCCCUCUA